AUAUGUAGCUAAAGGUGAGAGUACCCAUGCACCACUUUAUAUGGUGGUACAAAGAAAGAGCCUUUCGUCCGCACUUCCCCAUUCUCUUUAAAUAUAUUUCUGGUCUCCUCUUGAUUAGUUCUUCAUCAACAAAACAAAAAGAAAACACUCCAAAAGGAUUGGUGCGAGUGAAGAUGGGUGUGGAAGGAACGAUGGAGUAUAUAUCGGACUUCUUAAAGCAGAGGAAGAGGAAAAAGAAGAAACAAAUGCAAACAGUAGCUCUCCGAGUCGCUCGUAUCGACUGCGAAGGUUGUGAACGUAAGAUCAAACAUAUCCUCUCUGGCGUUAAAGGGGUGAAGUCAGUGGACGUGGACAUGAAGCUGCAGAAGGUAACGGUGAUGGGAUACGUGGACCCGAAGAAGGUUUUGGAAGCGGCCAAGUCGACGAAGAAGAAAGUUGAGCUAUGGCCAUACGUUCCAUACACAAUGGUGGCGAAUCCUCACAUAUCUCAGGCAUAUGACAAGAAGGCACCACCAAACAUGGUUCGGAAAGUCCCCGACACGGCUUCCGUCAACGAGACCACCGUCGAUGACUCUUACACCAUUAUCUUUAGCGACGAGAACCCUAAUUCUUGCUUUAUCAUGUAGAUCGGAAGAGUGUGCUUUUUGUAAGUUAAGUAAGUCUAAUAGAUUAUAUUAUUAUACUAUUAUUGAAUUUUGGUAAGACGACUCGUUGUGUGGGGUUUGAGUUUUCAUGUACUAACGUGAAAAAAAUCGAAAUUUCUGUUAACUACUUAAUCCGAAA